AUGGAGAGUACUGAGAAUAAAACUGAACAGCUUCGCUGGGACUUGCCUGCAGAGUUUCAAUCUGCAUCAGAUUUUCAACUCCUUAAAUCUCAGUAUGGGAAGCAUUUGAUAGGAUUGAUUCUUUCCCCUGCUCUGUUCUGUUUUCUCUUGUUUGUUGCAGAAUCUCUAUCCUUUGGCAAUACGAAUGAAUUACUACCCAGCCUGCCCAAGACCAGAUCUUGUUUUAGGCAUAAGCCCUCAUGCAGAUGGAAGUGCUCUACUGCUCUGACACCGUUGCUGCAGGAUGAUGAAACAGUGGGGUUGCAGAUCCGUAAGGAUGGCAAAUGGGUUCCCUGGUUAUCAAUAUUGGGGACGUACAUGAGGUAUGUAAUUGUACUGAGCAAUGGAAUAUAUAAGAGCAUUGAGCACAAAGCGGUCACAAACAUCGACAGAGAUCAAGUCUCCAUUGCUAUGUUUUAUACUCCAAGUAAGGAAGCAGAAUUGUGUCCUUCUCCAGAGCUCAUAGAUGAGUUGAAUCCUUGCCAAUACAGAACAUUCAUGAAUGAAGAUUAUAUGCGGCAUUUCUUUCGAAGCAAACUUGAGGGGAAGGCGUGUCUUGAAUUUGUUAGAAUCAAGUGA